CUCCUCUCUUUAUUGCUUUUGGUGGAGAAACUUGACUCGAAAAACUUCAGUCAUAAUCUGAUUCAAAGCUGGCUUUGUUCACAAGCACCGCUGCUGAGUGAACAGCUCUCCAGAAGUGUUCUUGAUAUUCCAAGCAGAGUCAGUUCCGUCCCAGUGUGGUUUUUUUCGUGCUUCUAACCUCAAGAAAUCAAACAGCAAAACCUCUCGGCACACAAACUCCGCUAGGCUGACUUCCUGAUUGCAACAACGUUUGAAGGGGGGCGGGGGAGGGGGGUGAAAAGCCCUCCCUCCUCCUCGAGAGAAGCUGGGCCUGACGUUUACCAAUCCAGGAAAAACUGAAGCUGCGAAACUUCUUCCUCUAGCUGUUCCCGCGGAAACUGUGUUUUGCAGCAGUGACUGUCCCAACAGUAAAAUGCCAGCGGCCCGAACCUCUGCGGAGCGUUUCCGCGCUGCUUUGGGUGGACUUCCUGCGCGCACUCGCGCAAUGAGAUUCCCGAAAGGACAAGCUGCGGCCGCCCCGCGCGUCUCGUGCUGAAACGCCACACCCGGGCUGGAGCCCGCCGCUGCGGGGGACGUGGGGCCUCCGGAGAGCGCGACCGCGCACCACUACAGCAUCCCAAAACGCGCUCCUAACACACUCCCGUGUAAAAAGCAGCUGUCUUUAAAGGUCUGUGGGACGUUGAUGACAGAGGCACUGGCCGCCCUCACAGGAAUAGCAGACACCCUUCAAGCAAUGCUGAUCUCGCGCCUUCUGCGCCCAAGACGUUCUUAGUGCCACAUGGGCGGUGGGGGGCUGAUGGGGGCGGGGGCCUCCACGCACCGGCGAAGGGCGGCAUGAAGGGAACUAAUCCUGCCCUCGACUCAAACAAUUUGAAAGCUGAGUGGCCAAAGCGCCGACGCUGUUCAGAAAACUCCCGGGCACCCGCCAGGGCGACCUCCUCAGCCCCGCUCCGGGGUCAGAGGGCGCAGGGGCUGCGGAGAGCCGGAGCCCGAGGCUGGGGACAGAUGAGGACACCAAAGGCCGGGCCUCGGCGGCGGGGAGGCACCCGCGGAGGCGGGAAGGGCCGAGUCUACCCGCGGAGAGCAAGGGGCUCCGCCGCGCGACCUGCCGUCGUCCGCGCCCGCGGGCCCCGCCGCCGCCAGGAGGACGAGGCCCAUCCGGCCCACCUGCCGCCGCCCCCGGCCGGGCAGCGGGCGCCGGGGAAGCGCUGCAGGCCCCGCCUCCGGGCCUCCCGGGCUGCGCGCCGCCGCCUCCCGCGCGGGCACCUGCGCGCGCCCGAGGCGCCGCCUGCCCUCCCCAGGUGCGGCCCCGGGGCCCGGCGCGGGCACGGGGCACAGUCCGGGACGGGGCCGCAUCGCCUCCCCACGCUCCGGGCCCCGCGCGGGCAGGCGCCGCCGCCGAAGGGCGCUUUGUUCGCGCGGCUGGCGCGGGGAUGCCGGGGCGGGGGCAGUGGAGCUUUCGCCGCCGUCCGAGCCGGGGCCAGGGCAGAGCCUCCUCGCACGCGCGCGGUUUUGGCCUCUCUUCGCCUGAGGGAGUGGAAGACAAGGCACUGUUUGAAUGGGAGAGGAGGGCAAUAGGGUAAAGUGAUGAUUUUUCCAUCUCCUUCUCCUUGGAUUUAAAUAUAUUUGUUUAUUAUUUUGGCCGACACAUUUGAUGGGGCGUUGUCUCUCUCAGGCCCAGCUGGGGCUUGUUCUUGGGACUCUCUGCCAGUCAAGCCCUUGCUUGUAUUUUUGAGUUAUGGUUAUUGUUUAAUCUUUCUCUGGGGCAAUUGCUUAUCUCAGUUGGGAGUGUCCCUUCCAGACCAUUUUCCCCACAUCUUCAUAUAUAUUAUAAAAAGCACUGUGUGUGUGUGUUUGCCUCGAAAAUUGUAUGAUAUAUAUGCUAUUCUUCAAUUUGUUUUUAGUCUGCAAUAUAUCUCAAAGGUUCAUCAAUAGCAAAUUUUGCUGUUUACGUAUUUAAUGCUAUUCCAUUUAUAAAGCACUUAAAUUGCCUCAUUUUGAUACUAAAUAUACUAUACGAAAUAUAUAUGUGAGUCAUGCAUGUUUUCAGAUUAAAAAUGUAAGUUUAUUUAUUUAAUUUUGGAGAACGAAUGUUAGUGGAGAGAACUUGAAGAGAACGUAUUUCCUGAAGACAUCUUGGAGAAUUCCUUAAAGACUGCAGUAUCGGAGUGAGAAUUGCUUAUCUAAGCUGUGAAUGAGAGAAGACCAGCCAUUUUCUGAUUUAAAUGUGGCAAAGACUGCUCACUUCUCCCCCAUGUUUGUUUUCUGUGUGUUGCAGACUCUCAUCUUCUGUAUCAGGCCUGGAAAGGCAGACGUGGCCGAGAAAUCACCACCAGGAGGUUCCCUGGACGAACACAUGAGCCAAUGGAACUCUGUAGUUACGUGUUCAGGCAGCUCUUGGUUUUCUCCCUAAAGACCAUUUGGUGUAUUCUCUUGGCUUCUGAGCUCCCUCGGAGCUGGCGGUGUUUGUCUUCUACAACAAGGGCAUUCCAUUUCUUGUUUAAGGUACUUUUCGUGGCAUCCUAGGGCCUGCUAUGCAUAUGCUUCUCCAACUGACAACACAUGUGAUCUUCCAGGUUCCACAGAGAAAGGGCGGUGUGGCCCAAUGGUCUCCUGCCGAUCAGAGCUCACCAGGGUGUACAUGCAUACCGUGAAACACACCACCACUGACAACAGGAAUCUUUGUCCAGAACUGACAGAUUCCUAGCAUUGAAGCUAAAUCAUUUAUCUAGAAGAAUCUUUAGCUAACUGUUAUGGACUAAAUGUUUCUGUCCUCCCAAAAUUCCUCUGUUGAGCCCCAAACCCCCCAGUGUGAUGGUAUUAGAUGGGAGGCCUUUAGGAGGUAGUUAGGUUUAGAUGAGGUCAUGAGGGUGGGGCCUCCAAAACGGGAUUCAUGUCCUUACAGGAAGAGAAAGAGAUCCCAGAGCUCUCUCUCCAUCAUUUGAGGAAAUAGCAAGAAGGCAGCCGUUUGCAAGGCAAGAAAAGGGCCCUCACUAAGAGCCAAAUCUGCCGGGACCUCGCUCUCGGACUCCUCGGCCUCCAGAACUGUGAGAAGACAAAUGUCUGUUGUGUAAGCCCCCAGUCUGUGGCAUUUUGUUAUGGCAGCCUAAGUGACUGAGACACUAGUCCCCAGGCUUCUGCUGUUGGCAGAUGUUACCAUCAUUUGGGGAGGACUACUCUGCUCCUGCCUUUAUCUAGCAGAGCAUUGUCUCUUUGCCUCAGCUGCUGAAAGAGACAGGGCAUGUGUGAGGAGGGGUUCCAGGAAAGUAAGUUUAGCCAGGAGGUUAUCAUUCUUCCCUCCCGACCCCUCCACCCCGCUCUAAUCGUGCCCCUCAGGGGGAUUCCAAGUGAGACACAGCACUGUCUCCAGUCAACUCCAGGGCUGUUGCAGAAUAAUAAAAUAUUGCUCAAUAAAAUUGUAACUCACUUUAAUUUUAAAAAUUAAAUAUCAUUUGCGUUUUUUUCCAGAAGACAACAGAAUAAUUAUAGUUACAGAAAAAUUGGAAAAUUCCUUUUUGUGUGUUUUGGUAUUAUUUUAUGUAUAAACUUCUGCCUCCCAAUUUUUGAUGAUAGAACCUGUAAGUAUCAGUUAGGGUGUUAGUUUGAGCUGAAAACAAAAGUAGGAAAGCCUUGCUACGUAAAGUGGGGUCUGCAGGCCAGCAGCAUCAGCAUCACCUGGGAGCUUGUAGAAUGCAGCAUCUCAAGCACACCCACACCGACUGAGUACCAAUCUACAAUUUAACACAACUUCCUCGUGAUCUGUAGGCACACUUACAAUUU